AAAAUUCGCACUUGAAUCAUCUUGAUUUACGCCGGCUACCGAUAUAGUGUACAACAAAAAUGUUUUAUGAAUUUAUAACAUAAAUAUUGUUACUAUAAAAAUGUCAUUCACAAUACUUUGUUCAUUUGUAAUUGCCUUCUAUGUAGUGAUAUGGUUUUUUGAUUCUUUCUUCAAGAGUUGUAUGCACUAUCCUUAUUACGCUUUCUUGGACGGGACAGGCUUGAAAGUUGGAAUACUAAACUUUUCAUGGACUACUGCUGCCUUCAAUAGAUUUCUAUAUAGAUGGAGUAAGAAUCUAUCUAGGAUUCUUCGAAAAUGGUUUACGUGUGGAUAUGUCUUCACAGUAUGGUUGUUCCUCCCGUUUGCCCUGUGGACACUUCUUACUUUUAUUCUUGAACACUUUUAUGACCCAAUUGACAUAGGUAGCAUGCCUGAAAUUAGAGGAGCAUUGCCCGGAGUUAACAUACCAAUUUCGGACUUUUGGGUAUACUUUCUGGCCAUGGGAAUGAGUAGUAUAUUCCAUGAACUUGGUCACGCAUUGGCAGCAGCCCAAGAAGAUGUUCAAUUAAUUGGUGUAGGGGUUUACGUAUUUGCAAUAAUACCUGUAGCGUUUGUUCAAUUAAAUACUGAACAUUUGAACAGUCUUGCAAUUACGAGGAGAUUGAAAAUUUACUGUGCUGGUGUUUGGCAUAAUGUAGUGUUAGCUUUUAUUGCCAUGUUGCUUUUCUUUUCUUCGCCUAUUAUAUUUAGUAUAGCUUAUGAGACUGAUAUUGGAGUAAAAGUUACGGCUAUGUCUGAAGGAUCACCAUUGAAAGAAGUAAGAGGUUUUAAUAUAGGUGAUGUAAUAACUAAUGUGAAUGGAUGUGAUAUUAAAAAUGCAAAAGAUUGGAUCCAUUGUCUCCAUGAAGCUCAUAAUAGAUACGGAAUCUGUACCAGUGCUGAAUUUGUCGCUCAAAAUGAUGAGAUAAUGAUGGAGACAGUGAAAGAAAAUGAUGUAGUUGAAUGCUGUAGGAAAGAUGAUUUGUAUAGUUUAUGUUUUGAAUAUAUGGAACCGAAAGUAGUGGUUGAUUCUGUAUUACCAGGUCAAUAUUCUUGUUUGAAACCUAGGGACAUGGUGACAAAUAGGUUGAUUAAAUGCACAGACCAAGGUGGUUACAGUUGUCCACUGGGUAUGCAUUGUCUGAAGCCAUCUUUAAAUAGUUCUUUCUUGAUAAUUAUUGAAAGGAAGGAUGAUCAUGCUGUUUUAUAUUUAGGUGUUCCAUAUGAUUUACAUGAGACAGUUACCGUAGACCAGUACUUUCCACGUUUAUCUGUGUUCUCAAUUUUCUCCCCAUCUCAGUUUGAAAAACUCUUACGGUAUGUUUUCAUAUUUUCAAUGGGCAUAGGAUUUUUAAAUGUUGUCCCUUGCUAUGGUACAGAUGGACAUCAUAUUAAUAGAAGUAUAAUACAGAUUAUUGCAAAGUAUUUGAAUAGGAAUGGUGAUUUUGUUACAUUUUUCACAGUUUUUUCUGUAGUUGUAGGAACGGGAGUGACUGUACCAAUAGUCAUUUAUGUUUUUUACAAGGAGGUUUAUAUGUAUAGUUAGUUUAUGCCAAAAUGC